AGAAACAACCACUUAUUUCCCAAAGAGGUUCAGCCCCAAUAUUCUCUUGUUAUUUUAAUUUACUUCCCCACGCUGUAUACACUCAUUCCCAUUAUCACCGAUACAAAUACAAAUAUUUUAUAAAACACCAUAUACAUUAACAUCAUCAAUUAGUUGUAUAUAGCAACAACAAAAUAGUAAUGGAGCAUUUCAAAAAGUCCAAGGCCGUGAAGCUACGCAGCCAUCUCGGCAAGUACCUAGUCGCCGACGAAAACAACGAGAACCUCCGUCAAAGCCGAAAAGGCACCACCAAAGAAUCAAUAUGGUCGGUCGAACUAGUCGAAACAAAGAGCCAUUGCAUCCGGCUGAGGAACUGCUACGGCCGUUGCUUAACUGCAACGGCCGCACCAUUUCUCCUCGGCAUGACCGGAAACAAAGUCAUUCAAGCCAAUUUCGACGCGGGUUUGAGUUGGAAAUAUGAGUGGGAACCUAUAAAGGAAGGGUUUAACGUGAAAUUGAGGAGUUGGUGUGGAAAGUAUUUGAGAGGUAAUGGUGGAACACCACCUUGGAGAAAUUCUAUUACGCAUGAUGAUCCUAGUUCUGCUACACAUAAUUGGAUUCUAUGGGGUGUGGAGGUUGUGGAUUUAUUAUUGGUUAAUCAUAAUAUUAUUGAAUCCUUCAAUCAAAGAAGUUUUGGUUCUUAUUCUUCAUUUGAUUCUUCUCAUAAGGUUGAUCAUUCUCAAUCAAAUUCAAUGCUGCAGGUGCGUGUUUAA